AUGGGUAUUGACAGGAGACAGAGAGCCUCGUUGGCUCUCACCCUCAACUCCAUCGCCCUGAUCUUCUGCAUCACAGCCUUCAGCACCAGUUACUGGUGUGAGGGCACCAGGAAAGUGGUGAAGCCUUUCUGCAAGUCCAGUGUCAAAGAGAAACAGCCCAACUGCAUCAUCUUCAACGGUGCCUCCUCCAACCAGAGCGGUGGUGUGGUCCAAUACAGUUGGGAGACGGGCGAGGACAAGUAUGUGGUCUGCUACUUCCACGCCGGGAUCUGGUUUUCCUGUGAGGAGAACAUCAGUGGGGAAGGGGAAAGGUGUCGAAGUUUCAUCCAUCUGACGCCUCCUGCUGAACGAGGUGUCCUCUGGCUGUCUAUCGUGGCUGAGAUACUGUAUAUCCUCCUGCUCUUGGUUGGUCUCAGCCUCAUGUGCAUUGAGAUCUGCCAUUACACCAAUGUCAUUGAUGGUCUAAAGCUGAACGCCUUUGCUGCCAUAUUCACUGUACUGUCAGGUCUCCUGGGGAUGGUGGCCCACAUGAUGUACACGACUGUGUUUCAGAUGACAGUCAAUCUUGGGCCCGAAGACUGGAGGCCACAGACCUGGGACUAUGGAUGGUCGUAUUGUCUGGCGUGGGGUUCAUUCACCUGCUGUAUGGCCGCCUCAGUGACCACCAUAAACACCUACACGAAGACCAUCCUGGAGUUCAAGCACAAGAGGAAGAACCUGGAGCGGAGCCUGAAGAGCAAACCCAAGCUGCUGGAGCACGAGGCAGGGGAGCGGGUGUGGGACAGGUACAUCAGCUCAGCGCCCAGCUCCACCGAGGAGUUCCUCGAUCUCUCCAGCAACGGCCGCAAGAUGUCCAGCAGCUCGGUCUUCGCUGACCUGAACGACAUCCUGGAGGCUCAGAGCGAGGAGUACUGCUGAGAGUCACAGCAGAAAGGGUUAAUCGCUCUUGUCCCCACAUUGUGUAAAGCUCCUUCGCCUCAGCUUCCCCCUCCACUGUCCAUUGGUAUUUUAGUUGGAUUAUGGCUGGAUCCAUUCAAAAUUUUCA